UCUAAUUUAAAACUUGAGUGUUGAUAUUUCCGUUAUUAUUUGAGCGAGUUUUUGUGUGUGAGAGCCGGAUACACUUCCAGUUUUCAAACUUGUGCGUUUUGAUAUUUUCAGACUUUGGCAUCAUGAAACGUCGGAAGAUAUUUUUGUCUGCAAUUCAAGCAAUUAAAGAGUGUUUGAUACAAAAUUUAAAUGCAGAACCAUGGCUGCGGUGGCAUUGAUUACAAAUAUUUCACGACGAGUAAUGUCGGUGAUUCGCACAUCUAAGAAAAUCAUCGCCGUUGUCAUACUCCUGGCCAUUAUUGCUAUCGCUAUGAUGUUGCAAUACGUCGACCAGGUUCACAUUAGGCAUUUCACGGUUAAUCGGACGACUAGGCGACCAUCUAGCCUUGCUGACGACAUUUGGGCAACCAUGAGGGCCUUCACACCAUCCCCCGAUGACAUGAGGGCCAUAGCACCCAACCCGGAUCUGAUCGCCAAAAUCAACGCAUCAUCGGAUGUCCAAUAUCCUGUGACUAUAAACGGAUCGUAUCUGAUUGAGAAUCCAGCCUUAUGUUCAUCUGUGCCUGAUUUGUCCGUGUUAAUCAUUGUUCAUACCGCUCCAGACCAUUUUGAAUUGCGCAGUGCAAUGAGACGAACUUGGGCAAAUGAUACCUAUUAUAAAUUCCUAGGAAAGGUUAGAACAUUGUUCCUUCUUGGUACAGUCCAUAACACAAAGGUACAGACACGGUUGGAAAGGGAAUUCAAAGAACAUCAAGACCUUUUGCAAGGAGAUUUCGUCGAUGCUUACAGGAACCUUACACAUAAAGGUGUUCUAGGAUACCGCUGGGUUUCCGAGCGGUGCCGGAACGCGAAAUAUAUCCUGAAAGUUGACGAUGAUAUCGUCGUUGAUAUGUAUAGACUAUUUACUAAAGUUCUUCCAAAAUAUACAAACAAAACGAAACAAAUCCUAUGCAAUCAUAUUUUCCCAGGAACUAUGCUUAUCAUCCGGGAAAAGAAAAGCAAGUGGUAUGUGAAUGAAAACCAUUUUAAGGGGCAUAAAUUUUAUCCAGAGUAUUGCAGCGGGUUUCUAGUCCUCUUUUCUAAUGACGUGAUACCGGCAAUAUUCAAAUCCGCAUCGGUGACGCCAUUUUUCUGGGUGGAUGACGUGUAUUUGUACGGCCUUGCGCCAAAGCAUGUACCAGGUAUUGAAUACAACGGUUUGGAGCAAAAGGACCACAUGCUGGACAGCAACAAAGCUUUAAAGUGUUAUAGAAACGAAACAAUGAAUAACCAGCAUAAAUGUGAUUACCUUGUUACUGAUUCUCGAAAAAUGCAAGUUUCAGUGGAAAUAUGGUCGGAAAUGACUAAACAGUACGAAAAAGAGAAAUUAGAGAAAAUAAAAGAAGCUGUCACUUCGACUAUCAAUUAUAAUACGACGGGGAAUUCUGAAUAAUGAUAUUAUAGAAAAAUCAUAUACAUAUUCAGAACAUAACUCUUGGAUAUGGGUUUGUUGGGUAACCGUUUAAUGCCAUCAUUUAAAAAGAAUUCUACCCAAAAGGAGAGCAUAUAGUCGGUGCUUUGUAAGUCCAUCCAUCAGUCCGUCUGACUGUCCGGGCCAUAAUAACGGUGUUUAGGGGUUAGGACGCUAAUGGUUAUUUAUUUCUUUUGAACUAACACGUAUAACUUCACGUUUUAAGUGGCUUUUUAAUGAAGGGAAACAGAAGGAGCUUAUCUCUUCCUGCGAUACUCUUGUUUUAGAGUUGAAAUAUUCAUAUGCUUUAGUUUAGUUUUUUGCUUGAAAUCUUAAUAAAAACGAGUCAAAGCUGACAACCUCCCUUUCCUGGUCAAAAUAAACGUUGACAGUAUCGGAGUUCUCCGGAACUUUGCAGAACCAUGUUCUCGCUUCACCAGUGGUAGCGGUUGUGCGUGAUCUCCCCUGGUCGUAGUCAUCUGCACGGAAAGCCCAAUGCCAAUGCCAUACAAACAGAUAGCAAAACUAAACAGGACCACCAUGAAUUGACAAGAUGAUAUGUUCACUGGGUACUUUAAAGAUGACUUUUUUAAUAUCAUAAAAAAAAAUUAUUUAAUUUUAGAUUUUUUUUCUAAAUUGGCAUCAAUUUGUGUAUUUUAAAGUUGGCAGUAAAUGUAUAGGCUUUCUAAAAUAAGUUUAUUGAUUGAAUUUACUAGUUUAGUGUUUUAUUGUUAAUGUAAAGGGAAUAUGAAUGCACGAUCAUCA